UUCCACCAGCAAAAUACAGUUAUUAUUGCUCUUAGUUCAGUUUAAGCGGCUUCGGUUUAAAACCUAUUAAAAACGUAUACUGUGAGUACAGUAGAAAGUAAAAGUUAUUUCCUUUCCUCCACAAAAUGAUUGGUCUCACAAACUCGUUGCGUGAGAUGCUACAGGUGAAGCCUGUGGACACCACCAAUACAGUAUGGCGUUUACACAGCCGUGCCACUCUGUAUGUGCUAAUUUUCUCAACAAUUCUGCUGUCCGCACGUGCCUAUUUUGGGGAACCGAUUGACUGCAUUACCAGUGGAUCCUCUGCGAUAAAGUCAAGCAUAAAUAGCUACUGUUGGACACUGGGCACUUACAUAAGCAAAGAUCCUCAAUUUGUUGAUGCCAAAUGGGAUUUCGUAAAAAUUGGCCGAAAAAUGGGACAAAUCCCUAAGGAACAACGGGUGUACCAAAAAUACUACCAAUGGGUUUCUUUUUUAUUGACCAUACAAGCAUUUUUAUUGUCUCUUCCUAAGCAUCUCUGGCGAUGCUUUGAAGGAUGCCGGAUGGCGACAUUGUGCUCCGGUUUAACAUCCAUUUUUCCCCCGGACGCCUGGACAACGAAGAGGAAGCGGCGCACUUUGCACUAUUUAAGACAGGAGCCUCGUAGUAAGCAAUUGAAGUACGCGUACCUGUUUAUUUUCUGCGAGUUGCUGAACUUCGCUUUGGUGCUUCUGAACAUGUUACUAUUGAAUUUCAUCAUCACUGGAUUUUGGUAUAAUUAUCAGCCGGCUAUGCAGGCUCUCAUGACGCUAGAUAUGGACACAUGGAUGACUCACAACUCGCUGGUCUUCCCAAAAAUAGCGAAAUGUGAAUUUUCAACCGUUGGUCCCAGUGGAAGUACGCAAAAUCACGACGCUCUGUGUCUGUUGCCGCAGAAUAUUGUUAACGAGAAGAUAUUCGCCUUUCUUUGGCUAUGGUUCAUCUGCCUAGCGGUGAUUUCCGGAAUGCAGAUUAUUUUCAGGAUGUUUCAACUAAGCUGCCAGUGCGUUCGGGAAAAGCUGCUCUACUUUCAGUUGGGUUCGAUCAGCUACGGCAGGGUGCAGAGACUUGUACGUGAAGCUAACUUCGGUCAAUGGUUCAUGCUGUAUCAAAUGUCUAAAAACAUCAAUCAAGAUGUUAUGGAGGACAUUGUAAUCGGCUUAACCAAGCAAGAAUCCUUGAACGGUCUUUCGAAACAAAGUUUGGAGCAACCGGUCCAAGUGGAAAUGGAAGUGAAUACAACGGAAAGUGAAAUUACUAUUUAAUUUUUUCUUAUUAUCUAUUUUCUAAUUAACAAGGUUUGUUUUUGCCUAGUAGAGAAAUAGUUACUGGUUUAUUAUUGGCGACAACAGUAGCAAAUGUUUAAUUAACAGAUUAAACCUCCUAUUAAAGUUCUGAU